CGCACAGUGAAAAUAGUGAUGUCGGUGCGUAUUAGUUGCGUAUUGGGAUUACCCUGGAUGUUUCUCGGACGCUGUAAGCUCUUAGAGAGUUCCAUCCGGGUUGGUUUGUCCAAGAGUAUUAAAGCCAGAAGCGACUGGAGGAACGUUACUCCAACGACAAUCAGACGCUCGGAAGUGGUGAGAUAGAUCAACCAAAUUUAAUCACCCUAUCUUUUUCCAUUUCGUCCUGGUAACGGUAUGAGUUCGGGGAUAUGCGAACUUCGUCUCCAUAAUUUUGCCUUCAAAGAAUGUUGGAGUCC